AUGGAGGUCUUGAGAAGCAGUUCCACAUUGAUCAUUGUCCUAGUAUGUUUUGCAGGAGUUAUACAUCAAGCUGAGGCAUACACUAAAGUGUACUGUAGCCCGAGAACCAGAUGCUAUAUGAAGCAUGUGGAGUGCCCGUAUGAAUGCCCAACCAGUUACUCUGAAGACCCGGAAGCCAAAAUUUGUUAUAUUGACUGUGAUGCACCUACAUGCAAGGCGCGUUACCGCAAACCAAACUGCAAUAGCCCUGGAUCAGCAUGCUAUGAUCCACGUUUCAUUGGCGGUGAUGGCAUUGUUUUCUAUUUCCAUGGCAAGAGCAACCAGGAGUUCAACUUAGUCUCAGACAAAAACCUACAGAUCAAUGGCCGCUUCAUCGGCCACAGACCAGCUGGCCGUGCUCGUGACUAUACCUGGAUUCAGGCUCUUGGAAUCCUUCUGAACUCCCAGAAUUUUUCUGUGGAAGCUACCAAUGUGGCUACAUGGAACAACCAGAUGGACCAUUUGAGAUUGACUCACAACGGAAAUGAUGUAGUUUUGGAAGAAGGGUAUCUCUCCACUUGGUACUCACCAGAAAAAGAUAUAAAAGUUGAGAGAAUAGCAAUCAAGAACAGUGUGAUAGUGUCACUCAAGGAUGUAGCUGAGAUUAUGAUCAAUGUUGUGCCAGUGACCAAAGAAGAUGAUAGGAUCCACAACUACCAAUUACCUGAGAAUGACUGCUUUGCCCAUUUGGAAGCCCAGUUCAAGUUCUUUGCUCUGUCCCCAAAAGUUGAAGGAGUGCUUGGAAGGACUUACAGGCCCGAUUUCGAGAACCCGGCAAAGCCUGGAGUAGCAAUGCCAGUUGUUGGAGGUGAAGACAAGUACAGAAGCUCAUCACUUCUCUCUGCUGAUUGUGCUACUUGUGAUUUGUUCUCAAAGGAAAUUAGUGAGUCAGAUAAAGAUACUUCUGCAAUUGUGGACUAUGGUACACUAGACUGCACCAGAAGAUCCUCAGGAGGCUAUGGGCUUGUUUGCAAGAAAUGA